UUAGACCGCCGGGUUGAAUGUAAAUCAGUAAACAUGUGCCUUGUUAUUUAGUAGGUUUAUUUGAUUAUAGGUCAUGAUUGCUGGCCAACCAAUUCAUUUUUUAACGCAAUUCUUUUAGCAGUGAGUUGCUUCUCGCUUGAGAAUCGCCAAGCUCAAUACGAUUUCAUUAUUCUCCAAUUGUUUUAAAACCAUAAAUGCAAUCAUUGGUGCAUAUGUACAAUGUACAUUGAUUUGGUGCAAAGCCUAUUACCGAUACAUAUGUUGAAAUGUCUACUCUUUUACUGCAAAGGGAAGAGGUACACUGCCCCGUAUAUUGUCCUGCUCUAUCCAAAGGUCAUACUAUGAGAGGCCGAAAUCAAGAUUCAACCAAGUCGAGUUAAGAAAAUGCGUUUGAGCGCAUGUAAUGUUUUCCACAAGAAAUAUGUUUGGGAUGUUUUGCCUGUAGCACAAUGGUAAUCUUGUUUUUCAUUUUCGCGCGCGUGGCACGUGGUCUUAUUGUGUGGUUUUCCUAGCUCAGACAGCAUGUCCGCAAGCAAUCAAAUCAUGUUAUUUGUUUCCUUAGGUGUAGUUUUUGUUUUGAAUAAAUGUUUCCACUCUUAGUAAAAAGCUUCAGUGGAGUAUUUGACCAAUCCUCUUUACACUCCCGCAGUCGAAUAUUUUAAUUUAAUAAAAUGCCCUUUAUCUCAUUGAAAAGAUGGGCAUUGAAAUUGUUUUAAAUUCAAACAAAAGCCAUGUUUUCAAGCUUACUAUCUCCUCGAGGAGAAAGGUUAAAACAACACCGGAAACCGAAACUUAGCUUUAUCUUCAACCAGCCAAUCAAAACCCAAUGUUAAAAGUGACAUCACUUCCGCUAGCUCCCGAGUUACCACGAACGCAACCUUUGAAUCUAUUUUAAUGUAGUUUCCUUAUAUUAAAACCGUUUUUGCUGAAUAAGGAAUCAACAUUAUAUUUUCACGACACGCAUGUCAUCGGUUGCGCGUUCGAAAUGGAGAGUAAUGAGAGAAAAUUACUCAUGGAAGAACCCGAGAACCGAGUCAUAAAAUGUGUGAUCGUGGGUGACGGUGGAGUUGGUAAAACUUCCUUACUUAUAAGCUAUCUAAUGAACGGAUUUCCCAACGAUUAUAUCCCGACGGCUUUCGACGACUACAGCGUGUCAGUAAAAGUCGAUAAGGUCCCCUACACGCUACAGUUUUGCGAUACCGCAGGACAGGAGGACUUUGACUCUCUCCGGCCGCUCUGUUAUCCGUCAACAGAUGUGUUUAUUGUUUGCUUUUCCGUAGUUUCGCCAACAUCUUUCGCAAACGUUGCGCAAAAAUGGCUCCCUGAAAUACGUAGCUAUUCGCCAAAUGUUCCUGUCAUCCUAGUUGGAACGCAUUGCGAUUUGAGAGCGAACGUUCAAGAGCUAAUACGGCUAUCUGAUCUUGGACAAGGACCUAUAACGCCGCAGAAAGCCGAGAGCUUAGUCAAGAAGGCAGGGGUCGUUUGCUAUAUUGAAACUUCAGCAGUGACUCAGAAGAACUUGAAAUCAGUUUUCGAUGAGGCAAUUUUGAGCGGAUUAAGACCACCAACGUCUCCAAGAAGAAAUGACCUCAAAGGUUGCGCUUGUACUGUGAUGUAAUACUAGAACACGCUUCAUCUGUUUGCUAUUGAUUCUCAAGUUUCGGGUUUGACGAAAAUUUCUCGAGAAACGCUUUUCAGCAAACGUUAUAAUCUCAGUUGUAUCACAGCAGGCAAGAAUAUAAUCGAUAGUGAAAAUAUUUAUUUAUAAACGUUACAGACCACGUUGCAAUCAUGCGCUCAAAGUGGACCCCAAAGGAGACGUUUAUUUCCUAAUGUGUUAGAACGGAAGUUUUAACAAAAGACUUUGUUAUUUAUACUCUUUUUUUAGAAAAUUGUGGUCUUGUUAAAGGGAACCAACAUAAAAAACAUUUUUUUAAGAAUUAGCCCACUAGACUAUGUGGCUGUUUUGGCAGUAAUUAACGCAAUAACAUAAUUGUGACCCUCACAGAAAUAUUGUUAAUAUCAAACUGGCUUGCUUGGAAUAAUUCUGUGGCUUUCCCCUCAUCCUUAUUUUUAGAAAUUUAUACUUCAAAUUUGUCAUUUGUGUAAUUAAAAUGUUGAAAUAAAAUCACAGCAAUUACUACAGAGUGACACUUAUUUUAUACUUGGGUGAUCUGUCAACUCGAGGAAUUUAAUUUUAAUGGAAGAUUACUGCAAAUAUCAAGAUUUGUUUUGCAUUUCUCAUACUGACCAUGAUCACCUGAUGACAGAAGUGAAUAGGUCUUCCUGUUAAAAGCACCAUAUUUCAUACAAUAUUAUGUCUCAUUUCAUAUAUUAAUUAAGUUCACAGACUCAACAGGAAAUAAAUGUGGGAGCAGAGUCAUGAUCAAGAGUGAUAUGUGCUUUAUGGGUUAGGAUUUGUUUCUUCUUCAGUUAGUAACAUACUGUUGAGUGGUUCCUUGAAAUGAACUUGAGGUAGCAUGUGUAAAGUUUCAGUCGUCAAUCCCUAAG